AUGUUAUCAAUAACAAUGAAAUCAUUCCAAUCGGUCUACGGCACAGGCAGUGUAGCUGUGAUGUCUCAGUCGAUACCGGUGUCCCGAUGUUUCCGAUUCACGUGGCUCGGGCCUAAAUUCAACAAUGAGAGCAUAUUUCUGAACGCCACCUGUCAGGAAGCGACACGACUGGCCAGCGGCGUGCCCUGUGCCCAGCCACUCGUUGCCUCUUAUGACGGGACAUGGCCAGAUGUUGAGUACAUCUGGACACACCACUCCCGCGAUGCCUCUUGUAUACUGGGACCGAAUGACGUUUGCGCGAAAUACACCUACUACUUUGAUGGACAUGUUGAGAACUCAACUUACUUAUGCACUCGGGCGGUGGACUCUUUUGGGGCGGCUGUCACCAGUGGUUGCUACCAACAGAGGAACGGCAGUUUCGCUACUAGAAUUCAUAGCAAACCUUUGCUAUAAAUAUAAUUCAACAUGUAUUCGGUUUUAACGAGAGGAAAUGCGAUAUUAACCUAUACUUUAAGUGUGUUAGCAUGUUUAACAUUUUUGUGUUUUCUAUCCACUUUAACAGUGGAUUAUAGAACUGCCGCUCAAAUGAACACUGUAAAAGUAGUCGUUAAGAAUGUUCCAGAUUAUGGUGCUUCCAGAGAAAGAAAUGAUCUCGGAUUCCUUACAUUUGAUCUCAAAACAGACCUGUCUCACCUUUUCAACUGGAAUGUGAAGCAGCUGUUCUUAUACCUUACAGCGGAAUAUGUGACACCCAACAAUGAACUCAAUCAAGUUGUACUAUGGGAUAAAAUUAUUUUAAGAGGAGAAAAUGCACUAUUAGAUUUUAAGAAUAUGAACACAAAAUACUACUUCUGGGAUGAUGGUAAUGGUUUGAAGGGUCAUCAGAAUGUAACUCUAACUCUGUCAUGGAACAUCAUUCCAAAUGCUGGUCUUUUGCCAAACAUUGAAGCCCUUGGACAACAUUCAUUCAAGUUCCCCACAGAGUAUACACAAACUAGAGUAUGAUUCAUGUAUGUACAUGAAUGAACUACCCCUUUCUUAUUACACGGUGAGAAAGGAAAUUUUGUUGUGUAGUUGGGGACUUUUGAGAUAUUUAACAAGA